AUGUCCGAGGCAUACGUCAAUUUCCUCGGCGGCUCCCCGCUCAACCGCCUAUCCUGGCUGCGAACCAACCAGCCCUUCCUGAACCACAUCCUAGCCGCGCCCGCGACGCGCUGGCUCGUCUUCCGCUCCGGCCAGCCGCUCCUCGCCGGACGCAAGCUCGCGCGCCUCGCCACCGCCGAUGUGCAGUCGCUCCUCGGACCCUCGCCGUACUUCGGCCAGGGACAAAACGAGGGCGAUAUCGCGGACGAAGGGGUGGGCGUGCUCGAGGCGGCGCGGUUGAGGGGCACGCCGAUCGUGUUCUUGGGGCUGCAGGAGCCGGAAGGGGAGGCGGGGUCCGCGCUGCCGAGCAGCGAGUUUAGCGGGAAGGCGGGGGUGGAGGAGCUUGUGAAGCGGGUGCGGGGGACGCCGUGGUUCUCGCUGGACGUGAGCGACGUGGCGCAGGAGGAGGUGGAUGGCGUGCUCGCAGCCGCUGCGAAAGAGGACGAGGCGACACCGGGCGGGCUAACGUUUGGCGAGCCGCGCGCGGCGAUGGCGGUGAUGGACGCGUUCGAGGCGGCCGUGUUCGCUGAGGCGAGGAGCAUGGCGGAUUGGAACGCGCGGAACAAGUUUUGCCCGGCGUGCGGGUCAUGCGUGUACUCUCUGUGGGCCGGGUGGAAGCUAUCCUGCACGUCGCUGCUUCCGUGGGCGGAUAAUACUGGAAAACAGCCGUGUCCCUCUAGCAAGGGCCUCCACAACUUUGCGCACCCUCGUACGGACCCGGUCGUUAUCAUGAUCGCUAUCAACGAGUCGAACGACAAGAUCCUACUAGGGCGGAACAAAAAGUUUCCCGGCAAGUUCUACUCCGCCCUUGCCGGGUUCAUGGAGCCCGGCGAGUCGUUCGAGGACGCGGUCAAGCGCGAGAUGUGGGAGGAGGCGGGCGUGAAGGUGUGGGACGUGCGGUACCACUCAGGGCAGCCGUGGCCUUAUCCCGCGAAUCUGAUGGUCGGUUUCUACGCCACUGCGGACCCGAGCCAGCCGAUCCGAGUGGACCUGGAUAACGAACUUGAAGGUCCGUUCUUUUCGACCAUCCUAGGUCUCUCCUCUAAACUUGAAUUGGCGUGGCUGGCGGAACCAACAGAUGCGCGAUGGUAUACCCGCGACGAGAUCCUCGCGAUCCUCCGCCACCCGACGGGUGCAACGCUCAGCAGGAGGGACAAUCGGGAUCUCGCCAAGAUCCAGGAGGGCGAACCAACGUCGACGUCCACCGCGGCGGGCACCCUCCCCAACGGUGGGGACGGAGCCGGCGCGCUGGCACACUCGGACCCUAGCAUCAAGGCGCAGGAGGUCAAGCCCGUCAUCGCGAAGACGGAGGCGAUAGACGAGCCGCCAUUCAGGGUGCCGCCGUUGACGGCGAUUGCGGGUGUGUUGAUUAGCGAGUGGGCGCAUGGGAAGAUCAAGCCGGAGGCGUCGAACGCGGGCUCAGGAGAGGCGAAGAAGGGUAAUUUGUAG